AUGGUUGCCGGGAAGAGGUAUUUCGACAAGACCAACCACCACCGGGCCGUCUCCGGCGGGAGGCCCAUCGGCCAGGUGAUGAGGGAGUUCAUGCUCGUCACCGGAACCCUCGUCCCGUCCGAUUUGAUCCCUUUGCUCGGCUGGUUCGGCUUCCAAGGGGUGGUCAACACCAUGAAGCGGGUCUCCAAGGAGCUGGACGUCAUCAUGGAGAGCUGGAUCGACGAGCACAAGAAGAAGAAAAAGAAGCAGUUGGCCAAUCCCGACCUCAUCGACGUCAUGCUCUCCGAAAUCAAGGACGAAGUCGCCUACGGUCACAAGCGUGAGGAUAUCAUCAAGGCCACCGCUAUGGUAAUUAAUUAA